CCACCUCGAGAAAUCGUUACUUUGUAUCCAGGUUUCGUACAGGCUACAGACAACAAGAAAAUUGCAGAUAUAUCGAGUAAUAAACGGGUGCGGCAAACCGGACUGUAAAGACUCAGCCAGAGAUAGAGCAAGGUAUCGUGACUGGCGAUUCAAUGACCAAGCAGGUACCUCUCACCCACAGGAGCCACCGUGCCACAACGCGGGGCACGUACCGAUACAUGUCAUUUACGAGGCCCACGUCCUUCGGUCCGCUGUCCGCUGUUUCUAUCCUUGGAUCUUUGGGGUGCUCGUGUGCACUGUCGCCCGCCGCCGUGCGCAUCGCCUUCGCCCUCGCCGCCGCUGUCGGGUCUCUGGCGCCGCUCCUCUUAUCCUUGAGGUACAGUCUUGCAGAGUACCUACACUAUUAUCGCUGCUCACUGUGGCUGUGGCUGUGGCAUCCGCCUUUCGGAGACAGGCCGGAAGCCCAAGAAGAGAUAUUCCAGGUCCUAGAGUUGGUCCCGUUCCAGACCGCUUUCGAUAAAAGGGCCCUGGAACUCUGAUGCCCAAAAACGGCUGCUGAUGAGUUGGUGUCCAGUCGAUUUUUCGU